CUCUUCUUCCAGAAAUCACAGACGAAAAAAAAAAGAAAAAAAAUUGGGAGGAGAGGAAGAAAGCGACCUCUCCCUCUUUCUCUCUCUCUCGUUUGUUUCUCUUCUUCCCCAGUACUUACUGAGAAGAACAAAAUCACCGCCGAUUCUCCCUUCUCCUCUGGCCGCUGGCCGAUUCUCCCUUCCCCUCUCUCGGUUCACUCUUCCAAAAAACGACCCGAACAAAAUUCUUCCCCUCUCUUAAGCAGACGCCGCUGCCGCCGCUGUCGCUCUACUUCCUCAUCGUCGAUCAACGAACCCGACCGCGACGACCCCAAAUCGGCAAUUCCUCUCAGGAUGAAGGGUUUGCUUCGGUUUAGGAAAGAAGGAAAUGGGUGGCGGGAUCUCUGCCGACAAAGGUGUGCCGACAAUGCUUUGGCGACGGCGGUAACCUUACAACUAAGUUUUCGGUAAAGAGGAAGAGCAAACGACAGAAGAUGGAGAUGAUCUACGACGGAAACAUGUGGGAUUUGUUUCGUCAAUGUUUAAUUGUUUUUUGUAGGAUUAUUUAUCUUUUCAAUCGAUUGAGACCUCUACUUUUGUUCUGACGCAGUUUUGGAAAUGGACAGACCUGGGUAAGGUUCCUAAACCCAACUUUGUAUGACUUGGGAGAUCGAACCAAGUAAAAGACAAGAAAUAUGAUUCAUGGAUUUGAAAACAGC